AUGUUUAUCCAGUGUACAAGAAAGAUUAACCACCUUUUGGCCGCCAUCACCGCCGCAAUGGCCUUUUUCCCCGCCGUUAUUAUCGCCACCAAGCUACCCAUUUUCCCAGCCGUUGUUGGGACUGAUCAAUUCCGCAUAACCCCAUUCCCGUCACUUCCCGGAAAACCUGCUAGCUAUGGCUUUCAUAGCCGACUCGUACAUGUCAAAGGUCAGAGACUUUGCGAGUGCUACAGAUAUAAACGCAAUCAACAAAACAACGGAUGGCAACUCAUUCGCCACAGUACAGAAGUAAUUCUGCCAGAAACAUACAGACUGGUUAUGGGCAUUGCACUUUAUUUCGGAAGGGACUGCUCUACGAGCUUCGUCGUGGCUACUACUCUGCCCAAGGGCAUCAAUUCAAACCCGAAUUCGGAAGCAGAGUCUGAAUCUUGGUGGAGCUCAUCACCAACCGACAACUAAAGUUGUUUGUCCUGGCGGCGGUGGUGUUUUUAGUCGGCUGCAACUUUGGGUAGCAAAUAUCGUAUAUUAAUAGCCCGAAUUAACUUCUGGA